GACAGACAGACAGACAGCGAGACGAGCAGCGUGAGAACUCCCUCGGAGAGUGUUAUCUGCAGUGAGGGAACCAGGCGAUGUCGGCGACUGACAUGAUAUGACAUGAUAUGACAUGACAUGACAUGAUGUGACAUGGAUGGGUUUGCUGUCCUGGCGUCUGGGAGCACGUUUGACAAACUGCCGUGAUUCAUGCUCCUUUGAAAAUAUGAAUGGACUUUCCUCAAGGGAGUCUGUUAAUGAAACAAAUCACAGGAGACAGUAAUGAAGCGAUAAUGAGAAGCAUCUUGUGAAGAGAAGCUUGCUUGGUGUUGUCCGCAAACAAAUGUAAAGAGACGGCAGCUAGAUCAAACAGCCUUCCACAAACCCUUCCGCCAAUUGCAAUCAGGAGGCUAUGUCUUCUGGGGAUAUAUUUUUCUAGAGGCAUUUGACUUUGGGAUUGGUUGUACUCUCUUCAUGAGUGCCGAUUCAGGCUAAGAAGGAUUUUUUAGAAAAUGUGUGAUGGAAAGUGGAUUAUCCUAAGUCCAGCAGAGUUUGCUCAGCUGCAGCAGUACACCGAAUAUUCCUCAAAAAAACUGAAAGAUGUGCUGGCGGAGUUUCAUGGCGAUGGGGUGCUGUCCAAGUACAAUCCUGAGCAGCCUAUAGACUAUGACGGCUUCAAAUUGUUCAUGAGAACGUACCUGGAGGUGGAGAUCCUGGAAGAACUCUGCCAGCACCUGUUCAUGUCUUUUAAAAGGAAGACUGUUCAGAAUUCACCAGAGCCCCAGAGGCAAAGCUCAAGCACUUCACAGCUUAAUCUGUUAGAGUCAAAAACUAUAGAUGCUGGCAUCUCCUUUCAGACAGAAGUAGCAUGUGCUCCUAUCACAGGAAUGAAUGGCAAAAGUAUCCUGAAUACGAUGACCAGGCACACACCAGAUGUCAGGAAUUCCCAGCUUAAUCUCUCCGAGCAUCAGUUCACCACUUCAGCUCCUGUUGCAUCAGCAGCAGCCACAGCGACCUGCUCUCCUGGUUCCUCCAGGUCUUCCUCCCAGAGGUCCACUGCCGGUACACCCUCAGCUCACAACUCCUCUGGCUCCUCCAAGAUCUCCUCCGCCUCACUGCUAAACCCCCAGUCGCCAGGAACAAAAUGUCUAGAGAAGAAGAUGAGCUUGGCGAUGCGGAAAAAUCCCAAUCCACUAAAGACACCAUCUCACGUACAGCCAUCACAGAUGCCACAAGUGGUUUACCUGAAGGAUAUUGUCUGUUAUCUCUCUCUGUUGGAGAGAGGACGACCCGAAGACAAGCUGGAAUUUAUGUUUCGACUUUAUGACACGGAUGGAAAUGGUCUGCUAGAUAGUUCGGAAUUAGAUCGUAUCAUCAACCAGAUGGUUCAUGUAGCUGAAUACCUGGAGUGGGAUGCGACUGAGCUCCGGCCUAUCCUUAUGGAGAUGAUGGAGGAAAUAGACUAUGAUCACGAUGGUACAGUUACACUAGAAGAGUGGAUAAGAGGAGGAAUGACCACUAUUCCAUUAUUGGUGCUUCUUGGCAUGGAGACGAAUGUGAAAGACGAUGGUCAACACUUCUGGCGACUGAAACACUUCAAUAAGCCUGCAUACUGUAACUUCUGCCUGAAUAUGCUGCUGGGUGUUAGAAAACAGGGUCUCUGCUGUGCAUUUUGCAAGUACACAGUCCAUGAGAGAUGUGUCUCCAAACCAAUUGCAUCCUGCAUAAGCACAUAUGUAAAAUCCAGGAGAAAUACCAAUGUUAUGCAACACGUUUGGGUUGAAGGGAAUUCCCCAACCAAAUGCGAUAAAUGCCACAAAAGCAUUAAAUGUUACCAGGGUCUCACCGGUCUCCACUGUGUUUGGUGUCAAAUUACUCUUCACAACAAAUGUGCCUCACAUAUCAAACCUGAAUGUGACGGUGGCCAACUAAAAGACCACAUUUUACUUCCCUCCUAUAUUUGUCCUGUCGUUCUGGAUAGGCAGCCCAACCAGAAAAAGGCGGAGAGUGAUUCACCAACAAGCACAAGUACAGAUGAUAACAAUCAGGCCUUCAAAUUUAACACCACAACGGUGGACGGACAGGGGCUCCAGAUCACAUCUGUGCCUGGUACACAUCCACUACUGGUGCUUGUGAAUCCAAAAAGUGGUGGAAGGCAAGGAGAAAGAGUUCUCCGAAAAUUUCAGUACCUUCUCAAUCCAAGACAAAUUUACAGUCUUGACAGAGGUGGCCCUGUACCAGGAUUAAAUUUUUUUCAUGAUGUCCAUGAUUUUCGAAUCCUAGCUUGUGGAGGUGAUGGAACAGUUGGAUGGAUACUGGAUUGUAUUGAUAAAAUUAAUCUAAUAAAACAUCCACCGGUAGCCGUGUUGCCAUUGGGUACUGGGAAUGAUCUGGCGAGAUGUCUGCGGUGGGGAGGAGGUUACGAAGGUGGAAAUUUAAUGAAAGUUCUCAAAGACAUAGAAAACAGUACAGAAGUGAUGUUGGACAGGUGGAGCAUAGAGGUGAUACCAAACAACAAAGAUGAAAAGGGGGAUCCGGUGCCAUACAGUAUCGUGAACAACUAUUUCUCUAUGGGGGUGGAUGCAUCCAUUGCUCACAGAUUUCAUGUGAUGAGAGAAAGGCAUCCUGAGAAGUUCAAUAGCAGAAUGAAGAACAAACUGUGGUACUUUGAAUUUGGAACGACUGAGACCUUUUCAGCCACGUGCAAGAAAUUAAAUGAGUUUGUGGAAGUGGAGUGUGAUGGAAUUGUACUGGACCUGAGCAACACAGCUUUGGAAGGAAUCGCGAUCCUCAACAUCCCGAGCAUGCACGGAGGCUCCAACCUUUGGGGCGAAACCAAGAAAAGGCGGAACUAUAACCGCAUGAGUAAAAAAGUUCCAGAGAAACUCUUUACCACGACAGUGACAGAUGUGAAGGAGCUCAAGUUCUGUGGGCAAGACCUAAGCGAUCAGCUGCUGGAGGUUGUUGGACUUGAAGGUGCCAUGGAGAUGGGACAGAUUUACACAGGGCUAAAGAGUGCUGGCAAGCGACUGGCUCAAUGUUCCUGUGUCACUAUCAGGACAAUCAAGCUGCUGCCUAUGCAGAUCGAUGGAGAGCCCUGGAUGCAGCCUCCUUGUACUAUCAAAAUUACACACAGAAACCAAGUGCCUAUGCUCUUGGGACCUUCUAUGAAGUCAAGUUUCUUCUUCCUGAAAAAACGAAACCGUAGCAGAGAUUAAACCCAGGGAAAAUUUACAAUGGAAGAUUAUGUAUGUUACAAGAGAAGCCUCUGGACAAAUCAAAACUUUCUCUUUGCUUUGGAUUGUUUGUUUUUACCCUAAGGUUUUAGCGCUGACACGUUGGAUUCAACUAACUCUUCAAAAGGCACCGUGCGAAUUGGGCGUGAAAUGAAAUACCUUUGUGUAUAUUUUGUGUUAAAUGGUGAGGAAAUUGACCCGCUGCGAAUGGGCUGAAAGAAGGGUAAAGGCAUGUGUCAGAUCAAGGAGUCUCUGUAUCCAAAGCUCUGUUCUUCAUAGGAACAAUCCAACAGGAGCCUCGAAGAAAAAAAAUGGCACAGUGCUUCACAAUGUGAUCCAUUGCUGCAUCAAUAACCAAUACCACUUUGACUGUGUCAUCCAUCCACAUUGCCUGUCAAUAUUCCAUUUGUUUCAUGUAAUGGUCUCAGAACUGCAGGCAGUUCUAGGACAAGCAAGACUAGAUUUCCAGUUCUGGAUUGUGCAAAGCACUAAUGUUCUGAAUCUACAAGUUCUCCCAGACCCAAGACUCGAUAAUAUCAUGUUGUCACAGGUCAAUAUAACCAAUAAUUCUCUCUGCUGUGAUAUCAUUGGCAAAGCUAUGGAAAAUUGAUAUACAAUGUAACUGAUGGUCCAUAUGCCAAUAUUACAGAUUUUGGUAAAAUCUGAGAAGCCUAUAAAGUACUUAUUAUCAAAAUGCAAAGGAAGCUGUGCUUAGAGGCCAGGUGUAUGUAUGUGUGUGAGAGUGUGUAUGUGUGUGUAUCAUCUACAUGGUUGCAGACAUUAUUGGUAUUCAAGUUAAACCUAUGCAUCAGCACUGGUUGUGUCUAUGUGUAGACUAUCAUCUUUGAUGUAGUAUAUCAGUGGCAUAGGUAGGCUUGUGUGUUGCUGUGCGUCAGUUUACAAUCAGCCUUAACAAUGUGUCUGGACAUAAAAGGUGCAAUAAUAAUAAUAAUUUUUAAAAAUGAAAUUGGUCUUAAAUGGUCUUAAAAGAAGCCAAAUACACAGCACUCAUUUUUUUAUAUUCCUCGUGUUUGCUACAUGUGGUAAAAGGAUCGUGAAUAGAAAAUUGCCACUAAACACACUACUAGGAUGGCGAGAUGCUCCAUAUCUAUUUUGAAUGUACUGUAAAGUUGUUAGAAGAAAUUUAAUUUCAGGUGUUUGGAUUUUUUUUCUUACCUGUAUAUUGUUAUGAGUUUGAAAUGAUGUAAAAUAAAAGCCUGCAUAUAUAAUGUUCUACCCCCCACCCCAAUGAAUUGCUUUCGGCUGCUUGCAUGGUAUUUGGUGUAGAUGAGUUGUGUACCAUGUUUAUGUGUAACUUGAAAUGGAUAUUGUUUUAGAACAAAUAAAAAGCAGCUGACUCUGGA